AUGGGUUUAAAAGACCUAUCAUAUCCAUCUGAUUCGUUAGUUGGAGUUCAAGGAGAUGUUCGAUCAGCUUUUGGAUCAAACAAUGCUAUAGCAAAUGGCUCGCAACCUCGAAGUCUUCGAACUGAUCUAUUAUUUGCUGCUGAUUCUGUUACAAACGCUAUGUCAACCUUAGUAAGAGAACUUAAUUCAGGUUCCGAUGAUGAAGACUCUCAAAAUAUUCGUAAACCUCUAGAUUACAAUCGAGACUGUGACAAUGAUUAUUCACCAGUUUCACAUUUGUCCAAAAAUAGAAUAUUGACGGGAGAGUUUAAAGAUAAUCAGGCAGAUAGAAAUAAAUCUGGAAAAGUUGGUCUUGGAAAUGGAACACAAUAA